AUGACGGCCGCUAGCGUCUGCCAUGCAAGCAGCUGCCAUGGCGCGCCGCGGCCCGCCCAGCUGACGGCGCUCUGCUGCCCGCCCCCUCACUCGCCCUCACCCCCGGUCUGCGCUCCCAGCCUGGAUCCCUCAAGCCCCUGCCACGCCGCAUACUGCGAUACACAUGGCGCCCUUCAUUACGUCCAUUUCGACUCUGAAAGCGGUGCUGUCACCCCCUUAGCGCGCUACCAGCUGCACAUUGUUGACGGCGGCACCCCCAGCGGCGAACGCAGGCAGCACACGCAGCAGCGGCGGCGCCCACUGCAGAAGCCAUGGGCGGCGUUCGACUUUGUGCCGGGGCGGCCGGGGGAGCUGCUGAUCGCUCAGCAGGACAGCCGCCGCGUUCUUUAUGCCGCGCUUCCCAGAGCAGAGGGAGCUGCUGGGGAGGUCUUCCUGUUUGGGGGCCACACAG